UCUACUUUCAAUUUACAGACCGGAGCUCUUCAUUGUCGACAAAAGGAGGUGAGAAUCUUCAUUGUAAUAUGGCGCUGCCCAUAGAAAGAAAAACUGAAUGGCAAUAUCGAGGAGAAGGCAAUUGUAGUCUUGCUGUAGCUAAUCUAGAGGAACAACAAGUUUAUAGAUUUGUUAAACAAUAUUAUACACAACAACUAGAUGCUAUAACAAAAUCUCUUGAUACACAACAGACAAAUUUACCAACUGAUAUUAUUGAAGAUGAAUUAAGAAAAGUUAUAAACUAUGUAGAGAAUGUUAUGCAACCCUUACUCUCGACACAUUAUGUUGAACCACCUGUUUUAUGUGAGAUUAAAAAUGGUUUGACUAAAGAAGCUGAGGUGAUGGUAAAUGAAUCAAGACCAGUUCACAGAAGAUGUAAAUCACAAGAUAACGUUGAUACCCGAGCUCGAACAGCCCUUGUUUUACCUGAUCUAUGUUUUCUUCCUAAUACCGGUCCUGUUUAUACGUGUACCCAGUCUUUAUCUAAUGGUACAACUAUUAUAGAUGAUACAGCAUGUGGACCCACUAUUAGUAUUGAACUUAAACCUAAAAAAGGAUUUUUACCUCAAUCACAGUACAUAGAUAAAGCGUCGUUACGACAUCAAGUAUGUAAAUAUUGUAUGCAUCAACGUCUCAAGGCUCGUGAAGGUCAAUGGCCGAGACCAACAAACUACUGCCCCUUAGAUCUUUUUUCUGGAAAUAGACAAAGAAUGAAACACGCAUUACUUGGUUUAAUUCACACUCCCCAAAAUAACCUUAAAAUAUGUAAGAAUGGUGUAGAAGUAUAUGGUGCUCAUAAACAGAAAGAUUUAAAUUUACUAUUAAAAGAUUUUUUUACAGGAGAUGCUAGAAACAAAUAUUUAAGCAGUUUCUUAGACCUGGUUAUAGAAAUAUUAUUGUCACCACGAUCUAAGGGAGGCAACUCUAUUGAAACCCUUUCAUUCAAUUCACAAGUUUGUUACAACUCCAAAUAUGUCCCUAAAUCUCACUCUAAAGGUGAUAGUUGGAAAUUACCUAUAGAAUGUGUACUAGAGAAGAUCUACAGUGUACAAUCUCUAGAUGAAUUAGAUAUAGAUGGUAUAUAUCCUAUAUAUCAACAUUUACAAACACAUCUUAACUCAUAUCCACAACACAGGAGUAAUUGGGGUUUGGAUGGUCCAUACAGUGAAGACUGGUUAACAAGAUCUACUUUUACUGAUAACUCUGAACAUCUCCAAUCAGCAGUUCUGAAGGUGAAGAAAUUUUUGAUCUCUAAAACGGUACAAGAUUGUUCAAUAAUGGUGGCAUUACAACCUUUAGUUAAAAGACCAAGUGAUAUGAGCUCUGUGAUAAAUUUUGACGAACAAUAUUUCCGUUAUUCCAUCUCAAUAAUCGAUCUAGAUCCAAAACGAUUUGAUAAAAUACCAACAUAUUAUAUAAUGGAACAAGAAAUGGAAAAGGCAUAUCAGGAAAACAUGGACAAAGUUAAACUUCGAGAUAUCGGCAAGAAAUGUGAAACUCUGUGAUUUACAUCAAGUUUUAAUCUAUUCGUCUUAACAUAUCUUUUUUUAUAUAUACACCCUGGAAGAUAAAAUUUUCCAUUUUCCAUUUUCAAUCCAAAGUUUGUAGCGUUUGUUGUAUAAAAACCACAAGAACGGAUAACCAAGAAAACAUAAAAAAGGAUAUUUUAGACAUAGUUCUAUAAAGGAUCUGUAGAAUAGUUUAGGGUUUUCAUGCUUAAAAAGUAUGGUACCGUAGUGUGUUCGUUCUGGGCAUAAAAUGGGUCAGUAGAGAGAAUUGUACUCUCGGCAAGUUGUACCACUAUAACAGGGCAUUUUACUCUUGUUCUCCCGAUGUUACUUUAAUAAUAAUUUGAUAUGAAGUUAUUGUAUGUAGGAAAUUAUUUUGAAUG